AUGCCUGCCACAACCAGGAGCCAGACGUCGUCCCAGGCGCCUGCCGAGAGACCCCAGACUCCCGUGGCACCAUCCCCGGUCGCCACUCCUGCCUCCAAUGACGGUCCUCGGGCCAAAAAGGGAAAAGGGAAGGGAUCCGGAUUUCUCAAUAGAGUUACGUCUGCCAUCACCGCAUUUUCUCCCAAGAAGCCUAAGAGACAACCACGAGACGCUCCGCCUAAUCUAGAUGAACCCGCCCCGUCCUCGAUUUCCCCUGGACGAUCGCAAGAAGCGUCAUCGGCCCUGUCGGGAUCGUCGAAUCUCAGCGGAAGCGAGCCUGAGUUGAGGCAGGAGCCCACCGUACUCACCCCACCCUCCUCUCCUCACCGAGACAACAACGCGCCACUUCUGGCUUAUCCCACACACCUUCGCGUCCGCUUGCCACGGCCCCAAGAAGAAUUCCUCUGGUGGUUCACGUUCCUGAAGCGUAGCGGACUUUCUGAAACAGAGACGAGCCUCUUCUGGAUGAGUCUGGUGGAGUUUUUUCAACACAACGGAAUCUGGAAUGGUUCUGCCAUCGAUUUGAAUCAGAAAAUGCAACAUACACAGACUCAACCGGAUCUAGAUCCAAAGAUCAUCGACGAAUCCAACAGAUACGAGAUCAUGGAGAACUUCGUCACGAAGGACCACAAUCGCCCUGACUGGGUUCUCCUCUACAAUGCGAUCGAAUUCGCCAAGGCGUACUUGCAGGCCAGGAUUUGCAUGGUAUUCGAGGCCAAACCAUCGGGGGCCUGGGGCACGGCUAUGAAACAGAUCAUCGUCUACAUGAUGAAGGCAAGAGCCACAGAUGGAUGCGGGAUGGGGAUGAUCGUCGCUGGCAGUCAAUACCGGAUCUUCUUCUGGGACGAGACGGACCUUUGGAUGGCGGUACCCUCAAUCUGGAAAGGGAACCUUCGUUAUACAUGGCCGAAACUUGUCGAGCUGUACGACAAACAUGAUCAAAUAGAGUGGGAUGUGCUGGAGCAAGGAAACUGGGGCGAAUAUGCCAAGCGAAACGUGUGGCAUAUCCUGACUCAUCUUCAAGGUCAGGUUGAUGCCGUGAUAGCAGGACAUCGACGUGGAUCAGAGGAGCUCUAUCUCAACGGCCGACCGGCGCUAGAGCAUGCCAAAUACGUGAAGAUCGAGGAGGUAUGGGCGAAUUACCCCGGGAGUGAUUAUCCUCCAACAGACGGGGUUCCUGUCGGGACGAUCGUCGAGGAGGAAACGUCUGCCGCGGUUGAAAGAACUCAACCCAAACGUCGAGGCAAGCAGAAGGAUCCAAAGGAUAGCAGUCAAGCCGGUAAACCAGGACCGACGGAUCAAGGCCGCACUGCCAGGAAUGACGGACUUCCGCUCGGCCUAUCCGCCUCAGACCGUGCGACUCGCGAAGUUUUUUCGCACCGUAUGCGGGCUUACCGACAGCGUCUCCUCCAAACCAGAGUCGAUACCUGGCUUGGUGCUAAACCUCCGUCUCUAGUUCGAACGCUUAGCUCGGCAAGCAGCGAGCAACUCGCUACGCCGGUUGGGUCGCACGUCAUCUUGCCGAACAACACGAAGCAAGCGGUGCCGGACACAGCCUUGAGCACGUUGGAGGAUUACGGGACUUGA